AUGAAAGCCAAGUUUUUAUCUCUCUCUCUUGCUUACGCUGUAUGUCUCGUUUUGCUUGCUACUGAAACACAAGCUAAAGCCAAAGAAACAAGAUCAGUUGAUGACCUUAGCAGCUGGACUAAAGACCAAGUCCAAGCUUACCUUGACAAAUAUCAAAUCGUCUAUGAUAAAAACGCAAAUGAUGAUACUCUCUUAACUACUGUCAAAAAGUAUCGUGACGCUGCUAUGGCCAACGCCAAUAUCUUUAUCAACAAUCAGUCUGAUGUUGUCAACAGGUUGAUUGAUGCUGCUAAGAUCAAGCUGACGAGCAGCUACAAGUUAUCAAGUGAGAACGCUAAUGACUUGAUCAAUGAUAUUCAGCACAGCUUGAAGCAAUUGGAGCUCAGUGGAGCCUUAACUCGUGACAAGGUCAAGCAUUCUCUUGAUAAAUUGCAACACAAGGCUGUCAAGCAAAAGAUCAUCACUGAAUCCCAGUUCAAGGAACUGGCCAAGGAUAUUGAAGACAGUUUUUAUAGUCCUACCUGGUAUCAACGUCUCCUCAACUGGGCUCCUUCAACUUCGGAUGUCUUUCCCGAUGACUCUUAUCAUACAUGGCUCAAGUCUACCAUCACAAACCGCUUACAGGAAAACAAGGAAUUGACAAAAGAACAGAUUGCUGGCGUUGUUGAUACUCUGAAGAAUGCCAUCUCAUCCGCUUCUUCUUCUGCUUCGGAUCUGUCCAAGUUAGGUGACGCUAAGUGGUGGCAAAAGUUGGGUAAUGACCUCGAAAAGAAUGCCAAGUUAAAACAGAACCAAGUCGAAAGCGUGAUUGAUUCACUUCGUGAUGAAGUCACUGCUUACAAGAUCUUUGCUAUGGAUUACGCUAGCGAAACAUCCGAACAAACCCAGCAUGUCUUUGCCCGCGCCGGUCAAUACCUCAAAGACACAGGCAACACCAUCUAUGAAAAGGUCGUGCAUCCUCUGAAAUCUAACUCUGCAGCUGCUAGUGCCUCAGUUAGUAGUGCUGCCUCUGUUGCUUCUGAAGCUGCUACUUCAGCUACAGAUGCUGCUGCUGAAUCUGCCUCCAUCUUGCGUGCCAAAGCAACAGAGAGUGUCAAUGACGCACAAAAUUCGUUUGGUCACUACUGGCGUCAAAAGGAACUUGAUAGUUACAGAAAACUUGGAUAUACCGAGGCCCAUAUCGAAUGGAUUCAAAAUUAUCUUUCCAAGACAUUCAUGGAUAAGAAGAACUUGACCAAAGAUACAAUCUAUAAUGCUAUUCGUACCAUUCGUCAGUACUUGGUUCAAGCCAAAGUACAAACAGCUGCUCAUAUUGAUGCUCAAUUAAAGUCACUUGAGGAGCUUAUUGAAUAUUGGAGAAGACACGCCGUUCGCGAUGAAUUGUAA